GUUCAUCGCUUCUGUGGGGCUGUCGGGUUGCGGGCUCAAGAGCUAGGGUUCUGCCUUGGGGCUCCCUCGUGGCACGAGGGUCAAGCGAGCGUCACGCGGAGGUCGGUUUCCCCGACGAGCACGGCGCGACGGGAUUACGAGCCCCGGAAGCCGCUGUCCGGUUCAGGUCUCUGAGGAAGGCCAGGGUGACGGUGGCUACUGUUUUUCAAGAUGGACUUCCCCAGCUCCCUCCCACCCUCGUUGUUCAUGACUGGCCCCCUUGGUCAGAGCGAUGUCCCUGACCUGUCGUUCAUGUGCAGCUGGAGAGACGCGCUGACCCUGCCGGCGUUCUCACCCCAAGGCUCUCAGGACAGCGCGCCGCAUGUGGCCAAGGCCCUGCUCUGGGAGCCUGACACGCCUGGGCCCCUGCCCUUGCUGCCUCCUGGUCCCGAUCCCUGGGACCCCGGCCUGACUGCCAAAGAUCUGCUUUUCCGGGGAGGCUACCAGUUCCGGAGACAUCCCCGAGUCGUGCUGGAUGUUACUGAGCAGAUCAGCCGGUUCUUGUGGAACCACGGAGACAUAGCCUUUGCACCCCUGGGGAGGCUACUGCUGGAGAAUUUCAAACUGGAAGGAGCACAUAGCCGCUCUAAGACGAAGACAGUGGUCAGUGUGAAGAGGCUACUCCAGGACCUCGGUGGACACCAGCCCUGGGGCUGUCCCUGGGCUUACCUCAGCCAGCGCCAGCGCCGGUUCUCCAUCCUUGGGGCCCCGAUCCUGAGCACGUCGGUGGCGAGCCUCCUGGGAGAGCUGCUGCACGAGGAGCUGGCCCUGCGCUGGGAGCGGCUGCUCCUGGAUGAUGCCUGCACCGGGGGUGCGCUGGCCUGGGUGCCCGGCAGGACCCCCGGGGCUGGGCAGCUGGUCUACCCCAUGGGCAGUGCCAUGGACACACUGUGUUUCCAGAAGGUCAGUCUGACCCCAGAGAGCGAGCCCCAGGUUCUCAGAGACCCUGGCCGUAUCCAGCUCCGGGGACCUGUCCGGCAGGUGGUGACCCGCAGCGUGCAGGGAGAAGCUCUGCUGGCUGUCCGCUCUGACCACCACUGUGCCCUGUGGAAGGUCAGUACGCAGGGGCAGCCGGCCCCUCUCCAGGUGCUGCAGGUGGACAAGGGGGCCACAGGGAUCAGCCUCAGCCCUCACCUGCCCGGAGAGCUGGUCAUCUGCAGCCGCUCUGGAGCCGUCUGCCUGUGGAGCGCCGAAGACAGGCUGCGGCAAAUCUACAAGGACCCCGAGACCCUGGUGUUCCGGGACCCUUCUCCCUGGCGCUGGGCAGACUUCACCGCCCACCCUCGAGUGCUGACGGUGGGUGACCGCACCGGAGUGAAGAUGGUGGACACUCAGGGCCCGCUGGGCUGUGGUCUGCUGCUUUUUCGUGGAGGGGCAGAGGCGUCGUGCCAGAAAGGAGAGCGAGUCCUGCUCACCCAGCACCUGGGGGAUCUCGGCCCCGAGUCUCUGCACCCCAUGCUCCACCUCGUCUGCACCCAGUUCUCCCUCUACCUGAUGGAUGAGCGCCUCCCCUUGGUGCCCCUGCUCAAGUGGAACCAUGGCCUUCACUCUGCGCCCCUGCUGGCCCGGCUGCUGCCGCCGCCGAGCCCAGGCCUCCCCCAGCCGCUGCUCUUGGCCGGCCAAGGCGGGGAGCUGCAGCUGCUGCACCUCGCAGGAGUGGGGGCCUCCACACCCCGGCUGGCGGGGCUCCCCCAGUCUCUCCCCACCAGGAGCGACUCCCUCUCGGCCUUCCCCCUGCUGGAGCCCAAGAGUCACCGGCGGCUGCAAGAGCGUCUGAAAGCGCCCUCCAUAGGUCUGGCUGCUGCCAUCCCGCCCCCCACCUCCACACCAGUGCUGUCGCUCUUCCAGCUUUCUGCGGCCGGAGAUGUCUUCCACCAGCGCCUCCACCUCCGGGCAGACCCCGGGCCCAAUGCUCGUGCCCCCGCAGCUUCCUGGACACCCCAGGCCGCUGCCUGCUGCAGCCGGUGGCUGGAGGCCCUGCUGGAGGUGCCCCUGGCUCCCCCGGUGUGGGCGGCACCCACCUUCUCCCACCGGCGGCUGCUGGGAGGCUUCGAGCCACAGAAGGUGGAGGGGCCGGUGCCCGAGGGUUUCCGCAGGGCCAUGGCCCAGGGGCGGCUCCUACAGCGGAGAGACCUGGGCUUGCUCCCCCCAGAGGAGCGGCCCCCCGCCCCCGAGCCUGGCCCCGAGGAUGAGCUCAGCGAGCGUCUGGAGGCAGCCUGGGAGUUCGGGGCGGCGGCCUGGUGGGAGAGGCAGCGGGGCGGCCGCGCGGGGCCUGGGAAGCAGCCCAAGCGGCACAAGCGCCGGACUCAGCUGUCCAGCACCUUCUCCUCCCUCAGCGGCCGUGUGGACCUCUCGGACGCCGCCAGCCCCCCGCCCAGCCCAGACCGUACACUGCCCGAGGCCAGGCCCCAGCCCCCAAGGACCCCGCCCUCCCAAGAGCUCACGCAGGAGCCCUGGGCCCAGGGCAUCCCCUCAGAGCGGCAGCAGACCCUCCGGGACUACAUGGCUGAGCUGCCGCUCUGCACGGACACCCCAGGAGGGGCCUCUGCGCUCUCCUCCCAGACCCCCAGUGUCCGGGCCACGCCCUCCAGGCAGCACACCCCCCAGGACAGCAGGAUCCAGCAGCUGCCCCGAGGGGACACCCCAGAGGGCACCACCCUGCUCUCCUCCCAGACCCCCAGCAUCCUGGCCACACGCUCCAGGCAGCACACCCCCCGGGAUGGCAUAGUCCAGCAGCUGCCCCGAGGGGACACCCCAGAGGGCGCCACCCCGCCCUCCUCCCAGACCCCCAGCGUCCUGGCCACACGCUCCAGGCAGCACACCCCCCGGGAUGGCAUAGUCCAGCAGCUGCCCCGAGGGGACACCCCAGAAGGCGCCACCCCGCCCUCCUCCCAGACCCCCAGCGUCCUGGCCACACGCUCCAGCUCUCAGCGGCUCCGGAAGAAGCCCCGCAUGGGCUUCUGAGGCCCGGGGAGGUUGCCAGCGCCCGGAGCCUGCCAUCCUCGAUAAGCUGCGUCUUCCGUGGUUGAGACAGAAAUCAGAGAACAGUUCCCAGGGGGCAGACCUGCUUCUGGAACGCCUUCAUGCGCGGGAGAUGCUCGGAAGCAGAGCAACGUCGGGGGAAGGAGGGCAGCAGUAGUUUUCUCCCAUAGGUCACGGUCUGGGGGCACGUGGCGGAGCCCUGGCAGCCCCGGCCCGAAGGUCGGUGUCGCUGGGAUCCGUUCCAGCUAACAGUGUCGUGCUGGAGGCAGGGGCUGCAGGUGCGCUCGGGCCCCUGGUGACCACGGGGCCAGAGCCCCGGCUCCUCGGUGCUGUGGGUGAUGGUGAAAUGAGCUCCCUGGCCGGCCCGCGCUCGCUGGGUGUCAGUGGUGGUUUGUGGUCAGUGUCUGUGUGAUGCGGUUCCUAGGACAAUCUUAACGUGGAGAGGGAGGCACUUUGGACCCAUGUUAGGGGUUGAA